UCAUUUUAAAACUUUUUUUCACACUUCUACGUGAAAGGCCCUAGACACUUCAGCGUGCUACCAUGUCCCCCUCCAUCAUCUUCUUCUUCACUUCCUAAAAUCUCAGCUACCAAUUCCUCCGACCCUUCACAUUUUCCCAAUCAUGUCGAUACAAAUUCAAAAACCACCUAACGAAUCAUCAUGGGACUGUAUGUUACCUGGCCCACCAUCCCGUUCCAACGGUGGAUCCGCCGAUAUUUCUCCCGCCGGCCUCUUCGCUUACGCCUCCGGUAGCUCUAUCUCCGUCGUCGAAACUCAUUCCAUGCAACUCAUCACCACCAUCCCCCUCCCUCCACCGUCAGAUGGUGGUCCCCACAGCCUAUCACCCUUCAUCACUUCCCUCAAGUGGUCCCCACAGCCGUUACCACAUUUAAUUGAUAUACCCCAAAUUCAUCUCCUUCUUGCCGUCGGUGAUCGACAAGGUAGAAUUUGUUUACUCGAUUUCCGGUCCAAAUCUCAAACCGGCGCGGUUUUUUUCGAUACCGGUUCGGGUUCGGGAUCGAGAAACGGGAUUCAGGAUUUGUGCUGGGUAAAAGACGGACCGGAUUCGUGGAUUUUAGCUGCGGUAUCUGGACCGUCGUUGCUAUCGUUGUAUAAUACUACGACCGGACGGUGUUUUUGGAAAUACGAUGCGUCGCCGGAGUAUUUCUCGUGCAUACGUCGUGAUCCGUUUGAUUCACGUUGUUUUUGUGUGUUAGGGUUGAAAGGGUUUUUGCUAUCAGUGACGGCUUUAGGAGAUAAUGAGAAUGAUGUUGUGAUCAAGAAGGUGCAAAUUCGGACAGAUACUGCUGAAUUGCAGAAAUUAGAGAGGGAUUCGAGUAGUGGAGGUAAUGGAGCUCCGGCUUCAGUUGCAUUUCCGACGUACAUUGUGAAAUUCGCUUUUUCGCCGCACUGGAGGCAUUUGAUUUUCGUUGUGUUUCCGAGGGAUUUGGUUGUUUUUGAUUUGCAGUAUGAGACGGCGUUGUUUUCAGCUGGGUUGCCACGAGGGUGUGGGAAGUUUAUGGAUGUGUUGCCUGAUUCAAAUAUUGAGGUUUUGUACUGUGCUCAUCUUGAUGGAAAGCUCAGUACUUGGAGGCGAAAAGACGGAGAGCAAGUACACACGAUGUGUGCGAUGGAAGAAAUGAUGCCCGCAAUAGGCACAUCUGUUCCUUCGCCUUCAAUUCUUGCAGCCGUAAUCUCCCAUUCAGAUGCUGCCCUUCAAGCUAUUGGCAAGCUAUAUUCCGAUGCACAUCACUCAGUCGAUGUGGAUUUUGAUAAUCCAUUUGAUUUUUGUGAUGAAUCUCUUGUUUUAUCUAAGACACGCUUGAUCUCCAUUUCUGAUGAUGGGAAAGUAUGGAAAUGGCUCCUGAUUGCUGAAGGAUCUGUAGAUAUUCAGGAGGACAUGACAAAUCCAGAUAUUGUUGCAGAAGCCUGUAAGACUGUUCCUUCAGAGAUCAUUGGUCACAGCUCUGAGAUAAGCUCAGCUCCACUGUCAAAUGAUGCAAAUAGCAGCAGGACCUGUCUGUCAAAAUCCACUACAGGCCUGGAUGAAGUGUCCUUCAAGGUUAGUCUAGUUGGGCAGCUUCAUCUUCUUUCUUCAGCGGUGACUAUGCUGGCCGUACCUUCCCCUUCUUUGACUGCUACUUUGGGACGUGGAGGAAACUCUCCAGCUGUUGCUGUUCCGCUUGUUGCUGUGGGAACUCAAAAUGGUACAGUAGAUGUGAUUGACGUCUCUGCCAAUGCUGUCAGUGUUAGCUUUGCAGUCCAUAACAGUGUUGUCAGGGGAUUAAGGUGGCUUGGCAAUUCCCGACUGGUUUCUUUCUCGUACUCACAGGGUACAGAAAAAGCAGGUGGCUACAUCAAUAGGCUCGUUGUCACAUGUCUUCGAAGUGGACUCAAUCGACCAUUUCGAGUUCUACAGAAACCAGAGAGAGCACCCAUUAGAGCUUUAAGGGCUUCAUCUUCUGGCAGGUACCUAUUGAUUUUGUUUCGUGAUGCACCAGUAGAAGUUUGGGCUAUGACUAAGACACCAAUCAUGCUUAGAUCACUAGCUCUCCCGUUCACUGUGCUAGAAUGGACCCUUCCAACAGUACCACGGCCAUUGCCUAAAGAUCGUCCUGCCAUACCAUCAGCAGAGACAUCCUCCCCAACAAAAGAAGCAGCUGCAGCAGAUGCUAAAGGAGCUGGGACAGAUGGAUCUCAAGAUGAAUUUUCAGAAAGUUUCUCUUUUGCACUAGUCAAUGGUGCACUUGGAGUUUUUGAGGUUCAUGGUCGAAGGAUCCGUGACUUCAGGCCAAAGUGGCCUUCUUCGUCAUUUGUUUCAUCUGAGGGCUUGGUGACGGCAAUGGCCUAUCGCCUGCCUCAUGUGGUUAUGGGGGACAGGUCAGGAAACAUACGCUGGUGGGAUGUUACUACUGGUCAGUCUUCCUCAUUUAAUACCCAUAGGGAAGGAAUUCGUAGAAUCAAGUUCUCACCAGUAGUUCUUGGAGACCGUAGCCGUGGACGUAUUGCCGUUUUGUUUUAUGAUAACACAUUCUCGGUAUUUGAUCUGGACUCACCUGAUCCCUUAGCCAAUUCACUUUUACAACCUCAAUUUCCUGGAACUCUUGUAUUGGAGCUCGAUUGGUUGCCUUUGCGAUUAGAUAAGAAUGAUCCACUUGUGUUAUGUAUUGCUGGAGCUGAUAGCAGCUUUCGCCUUGUUGAAGUAAAUAUAAGUGACAAGAAAAUGGUCCAUGGUCCGCAAGCUCGACCAGUCAAAGAAAGAUUUCGACCAGUGCCUUUGUGUUCUCCCAUAUUACUACCCACACCACAUGCCCUGGCAUUACGGACAAUCUUACAGUUAGGUGUGAAGCCAUCGUGGUUUGAUACAUGGAGUGCAACCGCAGAUGACACAAACUACCAAGUUCCUGGAACUCCAACUGCUGGAGAUCUUCGUAACCACAUGAUUGAAUCACCCCGUAUUGGUGACUCAGUAGUGCCUGAGAUGCUUCUCAAAGUACUGGAGCCUUAUCGUAGAGAAGGGUGCAUACUUAAUGAUGAGCUGGUUAGACUCUAUGCCGGUCUAGUGGAUAAAGGUUCUGCAGUAAGGUUUGCCUUUGCUGCUGCUAUAUUUGGAGAACCCAUGGAAGCUCUUUUCUGGCUGCAAUUACCGCGAGCUCUAAACUACUGGAUGAAUAGAUUGACUAACAAGUCUCCAACAAGAGUACCUCAAUCAGCUUCGACGUCAGAGCUUGAUGAAGUAUCUAUGUUAGAUAGGAUAUCAUCAAAAGGGAAGUCGGGGAGCGGAACGGGAAAAAAUAAUGCUUUGGGAAAUGGUCAGCUUCAGCUGAUGGCCUUUGAAAAAGAGGAGUUGUGGGCACUUGCUAAUGAGCAGAUUCCUUGGCAUGAAAAGCUGGAAGGGGAAGAGGCAAUUCAAAACCGUGUACAUGAAUUAGUAUCGAUUGGAAACCUAGAAGCAGCAGUUAGUUUACUGCUCUCCACGCCUCCAGAGAGCUCGUAUUUCUAUUCAAAUGCAUUGCGUGCUGUUGCCCUUUCUUCAGCUGUAUCAACAUCGUUACUUGAGCUGGCCGUGAAGGUUGUUGCUGCCAAUAUGGUAAGAACAGACCGGUCCUUGUCUGGAACACAUCUUCUUUGUGCUGUUGGCAGGCAUCAAGAAGCUUGUUCUCAGUUACAAGAUGCUGGAUGCUGGACUGAUGCUGCAACAUUAGCUGCAACACAUCUUAAAGGAACUGAUUAUGCGAGGUUACUGAUCAAAGAGAACGGUUUUGUUGAGGUGGGCUCAGCAUGUUCUUCAUUCCGAACACAACAUUUGGAGGGCACUUAUAUUGUAUGUUGCUGCUGGUGCAUUGCCAGAGGCAUUAGCUUCUCUUCGUGUGGCACAACAACCAGACACAGCAGCCAUGUUUAUACUUGCUUGCCAGGAAAUCCAUAGUGAAUAUCUAUCUAACUUGGAUGAUGAAUUAAGGUCAUCAGAUAAGUUGGUUAACUUGCCAGGACUGAACCCAGAAAGUGAAGAUGUCCAUGCGGUUGGUGAAUACUAUGGACAAUACCAGAGAAAACUGGUCCACCUUUGCAUGGACUCCCAACCUUUCUCGGACUGAAAAAUCUUUGCUGGGAUACCUUUUACAGCGUGUCUUAAGAUCUCCGUCUCAGCAAUCUGAGUCAUUGGAACAAGCUUCCCAUCCUUUACCCUACAUUUGAGCCUAAAAUUCAAGACAUUUAAGCAUCACAAAAAAAAAAGCCAAGAGCCUUGCCUGAACUACAGUUUGGUAUUCAUUCAUAUUGAAAAGACUUGGCCUGUCAAAGUUAUUGAUAGAGAAGUAAUCUGCAGUUCUGUGGGUCAACCAUGGUAGAAUUGGCGCUGCUUUUAACGUGGUCACAGAUGUUCUUUUGACAUAUAUACGACUUUCAAUUGUAUACCACUCAGACGAUUGUUCUGUUCAGAAGUUUGGGCCAUAAUACACGUCUUUUGAAAGCUAGCCAUGUUUCAAGAUCAAUUCUUUUGUAUUAGAAUAUAUAACUACUGUAAAUUGAUUUAUUGAUUUUGUAAUAGCAUCGAGUCAUUGAGUUCA